AUAGAGCUGCGGGCUCCGGGGAUGGGCGGCGCGGCCCCGGGGGCUCUGCGCUGAGCGAUGGGGCUGGAACGGGCUGUGGGGCGGAGAAUGGGGAGCGAUGCCCCUUUCUGAGCCCAUCCCGGAGCUGCGGGGCAUGGAGGGGCUGCUGUGAAGGAAGUACCGGGGCUGGCCGGGGACCAUGGUGCUGCUGCUGCCCCGCUGAUGCUCGCCGGGUGUCGGCUCUGCUGGUGAGGAGCCGGAGGACGGCGACGCGAGGGCCACGGAGGGGGAAAACCCUCGGCUCCGGCUGGGGAACCAUGGGGAGAUGCAAUGGGAGAUGCACGCUGGUCGGAUUCUGCUGCCUGCAGCUGGUGGCAGCGCUGGAGAGGCAGAUCUUUGAUUUCCUGGGCUAUCAAUGGGCCCCCAUCCUGGCUAAUUUCCUACACAUCAUGGCCGUCAUCCUGGGCAUCUUUGGGACCAUCCAGUACAGAUCCAAAUACCUCAUGGUGUACGCGGUGUGGCUGGUGCUGUGGGUCGGCUGGAACGCCUUCAUCAUCUGCUUCUACCUGGAGGUCGGACGCUUGUCACAGGACCGAGACUUCAUCAUGACCUUCAAUACCUCACUGCACCGCUCGUGGUGGAUGGAGAACGGGCCGGGCUGCCUGGUGACACCGGUGCUCAACUCCAACCUGGCACCCGAGGACCAUCACGUCAUCACGGUCAGCGGCUGCCUGCUCGACUACCAGUACAUUGAGGUGGUGAGCAGCGCCACGCAGAUCUUCCUGGCGCUCUUUGGCUUCGUCUAUGCCUGCUACGUCAGCAAAGUGUUCCUGGAGGAAGAAGACAGCUUCGACUUCAUUGGUGGGUUUGACUCCUACGGCUACCAGGCACCACAGAAGACAUCACACCUACAGCUACAGCCACUCUACACGUCUGGGUAACCUGCCCUGGAUCCAGCCCCAGCCCUGUGUGGGAGCCAGAGGCCACAGGACCCCCUGAGAGUGAACUGCCCCACACCCAAUGACACGACCCCCGGCAAUGGGGGGGGACACGAUGCCAAGACAUCCAUCCCUUCCCUGCACCUCGCAAGACCCCCGAGGAUGGAGCCGGGAGCUGCACAUCCAUCCAGCCGGGAAGCCUCCGAGCCCAAACCAGUCACCCACAGCAGGAUGGGGGGGGCUGGAUACAGGUGGAACCCCCUGCACUGUGUCCCCCCCAUCAUGCUCCCAAAGCCUCACCAGGAUGGGACCCGGGGACACACAGGGAUGUGGCAUCAUUCACUGGACACCAUCUGCUUCUGUUUCUCCCAGCCUGGUUUUCCCUUGGAGCAGCAGCAUCCUUCCCGGUGUUCCGGGCAGGAAGGGGCUGGAGCGGGAUCGGAGCAAAUCCCAGCUGGUUUGGAGCACACUGGGAGCAGGGGUUGGGAUGAACAGUGGGGACAGGGACCAGCUUCAUGCUCCAGGGUUGGGACACUUGCCCAAAAACCCAGAUCUGGGAGUUGGGCUGGCCCCAAAAACGGGGGUUUUGCUCCCAGAAGGAAUUUCCAGGCCCCCUGACUGGAUGGAACAGUGUCAGAGGGGUUCGGUCCAGGAUGAUCCCCUUUGCCAUCAAGAGCUGGAUCCGGCUGUCAGCAUCUUGCCUCAAUAGGCCUGGGGACAUGGGGGGGACAUAGAGCACGCUGACCCCCCUGCGAGCCCCCCCAUCCCUCCCACCUUUUUGGGGGGGGGUCUUGCUCAAAGUUGGCAAUACUGACGCUGCUUUGACACAGCCCCUUUCUGGCUGUUUUAACGCAUCUCAUGAAUGUUUUGGGUUGGUUUUCUCCUUUUUAAUCCCUGGGUUUGGUUGAUUUGUAUUAAUUUGAAGUGCCUGAGCAGUGGCUGAACACGACCCCCCCCCCCGGCCGACACCGUGCCUUCAGCAGCGCUCUGCCCACCCCAGGGCACCCUGGGGCCUCGCAACCCCCCCUGGUCCCUCCAUCCCUAUGGGAUCUUGGGGGCAAAUCCACCCCAUCAGGUCUGGCAGCAGAAGCAGGGCGACAUCGGCAUGUGGGAACGGUGAUUUGGGAGGGGGGAACAUCGAGAUCCAUUGGGAAGUGAUUGCUUUGUGAAUGGCUGGGAGGAAAACAAGUGCCAUGAAGCAUCCCAGCUCCUCCCAACCUCUUUGGGGUGGGAUGUGGUGUCUCCUGGCUCUGGCCCCAAGCCCACCCUUGGCAUCUGUAAGCAGUGUGUGUGGGGGGGGUGGAUCCUGCCUCCCAGGGGUUUUUUCCUCCUAUCCAAUGGGUUCUUUGGGGAUAUUUUUUGUGUUUCCCAACAAGCAGCUAGGAAGCACCAACAGCUGAAGCUGCCCAAGCCCAAAUCCCCUUGGAUUUGGCUGCACCCCCCCCCAAGCACUUCCAUCGCCUCCAGCCAAGCUGCGAACUCUACAGGCAAUAAUUUUUCCACCCUUUCCCUUAUUUUGCCCAAGGAAAACAACGAUUUUCAGGCAACAGCUUCCCCCAAAUCCCCAAAACACAUUCCCAGUCCCAAGUGCUGCCCAGCCCUGGCGACACCACCAUCUCCGGGGCUGAUUUUCCUCUCCAGGACCAAGGAUGCUCGCAUUGACCUGCCAUGGGGUGGGAUGCGGGAUGCGAUGGGAUGAGGUGGGAUGGGCAGGGCAGACACCAACCUGCUCAAAACCCUUCUCCAAACCAGCAGGAAGCAGAAGGAAAAGCCUGGGAUCAUCCAGAGGAGCUGCCCUCCCUCCUGGGCUCAGCAGGAGCCAGGCACCGGUGCCGUGACCUUUUGGGUUUCCUUAUUCCCCCUUUUCCGUUGGCUUGUUUUUAUACAGGACUGUAUUUGUAAUGUGAACGAGGAUUUCUUUUCUAUUCUGUAACUAUCAAAGGCGAAGGAAGGUUUCAGCUGAUGCCGUCCUGCUCUGGGGCAUUCCCCUUCCUGCUGCACUUGAAUCGAUUAAAAUCUGGUGGGUUUUUU